CUUGGCACACCGUCCCUCAUUGCUCUCGCAGCCCUGGCAAGCUCCGAUCAACCGGCAACUACAACCCUUAGGGCCUAGGCCAUCAAAACGACAUUUCGUCCACCAGCUUGCCAAUUUCCCAAGUCAACCUUUGCAUAUGAACAGAGAGACCAAAGAACAAAUACCUAAACACAUCACCCGGUCAUUCUCAAAGGCGCGCGCACCUUGCGGAAAUAGAGCUCUCUGGUCCUUCACACGCUCACGUCCAAAGCCCUUGCUUUCACCGGUCCCGCUUCCCCGCCAAAGCCGAGUUGCCUUUGGAAGUUGAUCCCAGAGUCGGCAACCCUCUGUGCUCAUCCCGCAUAUGCUUGCACACAAAGGCUUGACAGUUUGCGUGCGGCGCAAUUACCGUUAGACAUCUGACAGGAUGUGGAAUGAUGAGGACAACAAUCCCUACGGGGACAGCUUUGAGCGCCGCGACUCCUUUAGCUCUUCUGCUAUCCCCUCUUCGCCCAUUUCGCGCGACUUAGACGCUCGCUAUGAAACGCCACACACCCCGUCCUCUACUGGUGAUGAAGCCCCUCCACAUGAGUCCACCGAUGCCGAAAGCGACGAGGAGGAGGAUGCCAGGUCACGGGGCGAGCUCGUCCCGCGGCGCAAGCCUGGCGGAUAUGACAGCCGCGUGGAGCAGAUGCUCUACGAGAACCCGGAGCUGCCCAUUUUAAUCACCGACGCCGGGAAGAGCUCAGAGAGCGGUAGAUACAUCGUCUACACGAUCAAGACAGGGGAGUUGAUAGUGCGCCGACGGUACUCGGAGUUUGCAUCUCUUCGCGAAGCCCUUUCAAGGCUACAUCCAACCCUUAUCAUUCCGCCAAUCCCAGAAAAGCAUACCAUGGCCGACUAUGCCGCAAACCCGACAAAUGCGAAGCAAGACCAGCAGAUAAUCGACCUCCGGAAACGCAUGCUGGCUGUAUUCCUGAACCGCUGCCGAAGGAUGGAACAGGUCCGGACAGACGGCGUCUGGUGGAGAUUCCUGGACCCAAAUUCCAGUUGGAAUGAAGUACUACACUCUCACCCAAUAGCCUCUAUUCCAAAGUCGAUCAUGAAGGCACCCCCGCUGGAUCCCGCUAACCCCACUCCUGGGCACAACUAUCUCCCAGUGCCAGCUAGCUCGGCGAAACUCAAGGCAGGCCCUCAUCCGUCGCCCACGGUAGACAGCGUAGCUGGUGCCCAGAUCUUUGCUCGUUUCCCGCCGGAGAGCAAUUCCCUUAGCGAACAGGAGCUCGACCCGUACUUUACCGCAUUCGAGGCGUCAAUCAAGGAAUUGGAGAAUUUGCUUACCGGUCCAAUGGAGAAGGUCAAUCGCCGAACCUUGAGCCAUUUGUCCUCUUUGGCCUCGGAUCUUUCUGAGUUGGGGGCUAGGUAUAAUGCAUUUGCUCUUUCUGAGCCGACCCCGUCGCUCGCACCGGCAAUCGAGAGGAUAGGCCAGGCAGCGGACUCCUCAUAUAUUGCCACGGAGGAGCUAUCGACAUCUUUGGGGGCUAGUUUUGCCGAGCCGAUGCGCGAGAACGCACAGUUUGCAGGCGUGAUUAAGAACGUGUUGCGAUACAGGGUUUUGAAGAGGGUACAGCAGGACAUGACAGAGGAGGAGCUGAACAAGAAGAGGGCGCUUCUUGACCAGCUAGAACGAAGCGAGGCAGAAGCUAGGAGAAUCGACCAAUACCUCAGCAGCAGUCAACAGAUUCAGCCUCCGAAAAGAUCGUCUAGCAUGAGGGAACCCCCGACGCACCGUAGGGACGGCAGCGGGGAGGACACAGCAUCGAUUGACUCGGACUUCCCUCCAACUCACGGUGACUUCUCAUCGGCACCGUCGGCUAAUAUCGGGACUCCAGAACGGGCAACGGCGCCGCCCAGCCAUAAAAAGGCACCCAGCGGGACAUCUAUAACUAACAAGAUUUUUGGCCCUCUCCGUCAUGCUGUUCAGGGGGUGGUGGAUGCAGAUCCGGAACGGACACGGCGGGACACAAUUAGCAAGACGCGAGAGUCGAUUGCGCAGCUGGAGCAAGCAAAGGUCGCAUCAGCACAGGAUGUCAAGGAUGCCAGUGCAAGCAUCCUCAAAGACUUGAAAAGGUUCCAGAGGGAGAAGGAAGAUGACUUGAAGCGGUACAUGCUUGCGUAUGCAAAGAGUCAAAUUGAGUGGGCGAAGAAGAAUAAGGAAACAUGGGAGGAAGCAAAGGCCGAGGUUGAGAAGAUCGACGAGCCGCCCACAAUGGAUGAAAGCGCCCGCCCACUGCGGGAUAUUACGAACCCCGGCUUGAAAGCCACGGGCGAGCUGCUUAGAGAGCUGCGUGCCGAGGUUGCCCGGCUGCUUGGGCGGAACUCGUACAGCUUUCCCGGCGCGCAGCCUGUGAGCUUCGCACGGCGCCAUCUGGACGAACUGCGGAGGGAAGACUACUACGUCUGCGAAAAGUCCGACGGCAUCCGCUACCUCCUCUACCUCACGAGCGACGAGCACGGCAACGAGUGCCACUACCUGAUCGACCGCAAGAACGACUACUGGUGGAUCGCCCAGCGCAACCUGCACUUCCCGCUCGCCAACGACCGCGCCGCGUUCCACACGGGCACGCUGAUCGACGGCGAGCUGGUCAUGGACACGAUGCCCAACGGCGAGAAGGAGCCGCGCUUCCUCGUCUUCGACCUGCUCGCGCUCGACGGCAAAGCCGACCUGCUCUCCAAGCCGCUCGACAAGCGGCUGGGCUACUUCAAGGAGCACGUCAUGAAGCCCUACAAGUCCCUGUUCGCCGCCUUUCCCGAGGAGCUGCAGUACCAGGCCUUCCGCGUCGAGAUGAAGGAGAUGCAGUUCUCGUACGGCAUCGAAAUGAUGUUCCGCGAGGUCCUGCCCAGCCUCAAGCACCAGAACGACGGCCUCAUUUUUACGUGCAAGACGACACCCUACCAGUUCGGCACCGACCCGCACAUCCUGAAAUGGAAAGCCCCCCACGAGAACACGGUCGACUUCAAGCUGCGCUUGGACUUCCCCCUGGUGGAGCCCACGGACGAGGAGCGGGCCGACGGCGUGACGGAGCCGUUUGUCGACUACGACAGCGUGCCCGCCGCGCGCCUGCUCGUCUUCACGGGCACGGAGCGCGGCGAGGCCAUGUACCAGCCGUUUAAGGAGCCGCUGUACCUGACCGAGGACGAGUGGGAGACGCUCAAGGCCCUGGGCGACCCGCUGCAGGACCGCAUCGUCGAGUGCGCGCUGGACGAGGAGAAGAGGUGGCGCCUGUACCGCUUCCGGGACGACAAGACUGAGGCGAACCACAUCAGCACCGUUAACAGCGUGCUGGAGAGCAUCAAGGAUGCCGUGACCGAGUGGGAGCUCAUGGCGGCGGCCAAGGGCAUCAAGGACGGGUGGAAGAUGAGGCAACAGCACGGGCAUUGA